AUGACUUCUCACAUACAGAUACAUUUGUUUAACAAAACUUUGAAGAUGCACGUUGUCAGAAAGCAUAAAAGGGUAAAAGGAGCAAAGCCAUCAGAUCAAGAGGCACUUGAUACUCCUUCCAAUGAAGAAACUACGCAUUUGGAGAAACGCUUAAUGGAUAACCCUCAAAGCUCUAGCUCCAAAUCCUUUCAAAACUUCUUCGCAACAUUGAAAUUUCUAUUGCGUGAUAAAAUAGUUUUUAAACUUUUUAGUAACAAAAAAGUGUCUAAUGUGAAUUGUUAUUCCGAUUAUAAUGAUGGUUUAAUUUACAAGCAGAAAGAAUUUUUCAAUGAAAAUUUGAACAGAAUUGAAUUGCUUUUAUUUCAGGAUGCCUUCGAAAACUGCAAUCCUUUAGCUUCGUCUAAAAAGAAGCACAAGUUGCUAGGCGUUUAUAUGAUGAUUGGAAAUAUUCCAAAAGAAUUUAGAUCAAAUAUUCAUAAUAUCCAAUUAGUUUUGCUUUGUAAAGAUACUUACAUAAAGUUAUUCGGAUUUGAAAAAAUUAUGGCUCCUUUAAUAUGCGAUUUACGAAAACUAGAAGAAAAUGGAAUUGACUUUCUUUUAGACGGUUCUAACCAGAACUAUCGUGGAACUUUAUUUUCAAUGCUUGGUGACAAUUUAGGCAGCCUCCAAAUAGGCGGCUACACUGAAAACUUCAGCUCAAGCAAGUUUAUGAGUCGAUAUUGUUUGUUCAAGAGAGAAAAUUUAAUAUAUUUUAAUGUAGAUAUCGGUGAAAAGCGUACCCGCCAAAACUAUGAAGCAUGCCUUAAUAACCUUUCAAAUCCUCCUGAUUUUGGUAUGGGAAUAAAAAAAGACUCAUGUUUAAAUGAAUUAGGCUACUUUCAUGUUUGUGAGGGACUUCCUCCCUGCAUAUCACACGAUUUAUUUGAAGGCAUUAUACCCUACGAUUUGAUGGAAGUGUGUAAAUAUAUGUGUAUACAAGAUGUUAUUUCAAUUGAUUACAUAAAUAUGAGCCUUUCAUCAUUGAGAAAAAAAUUUAAAUUAAAACUGUCUUUCCCACAUGUUAACCUCAAUAUGAAAAAAACUCCAGGAAAGGCCGAUGAAAUCCUACAUUUCUUAGUGAUAUUUCCCUUCAUAUUUUUCAACAAGUCAUCGAUAAAUAAAGAUCCGGUGUGGAAGUUUCUCACUGUAAUGAUUGAAAUGUGUAGGUUGAUAAACAGCUCUGAGUUAGAUGAAAAUCAAAUCUCUUUACUUUCACAUUGUAUCACAGUAUAUAUGGAAUAUAGAAGAGAAUGUUUUCCACUUUCAAAGUUGUGGCCAAAACAUCAUUAUAUAUGUCACAUCUGAUAAGAGAAUAUUGUCCCCUUAAACAUUUAUGGACCAUGCGUUUUGAACAAAAACAUCAAUAUUAAAAAAAAAUAUCUAAAACGAUGAAAAAUUUUAAAUAUGUAUCUUUAACUCUUUCUGAAAAACAUCAGCAAAUGCAAGCCAACCUUUUUGAAACCAGAUUUCAAUUAAAAAUUGUUUGCAAUAGUUACGAAUUUAUUUCUGAAAACAUGUUUUAUUUUAAUUUAUCCCAAGUUUUACACUCGUUACAAAACAAAUUAAAUUCCAUGGCACAGAAUUCAAAGAAAACCAUUUCAUUGUCAUUGAUUCUGACGACCUGGGCAAUAUUACAGUCCUUAAAAUUAACUCAAUAUUUUUGGAAGCUAACUGCGAAAAUGCGAUCUUUUACGGUGCUAUUACAAAGAUGUGGUACAACUACAGAAUAGUUUUAUUUGAAAGUUAUCAAUUUGAAAGGUCGUAUAGUUUAAUAAACUUAGGUGAUAUCCUAAUUAAAAAUCCAGUUCACGUUUUGUAUGUAAAAAAUAAAUAUUAUCUUUCUUUAUUCUCAACACUUGUCGAAAAGAAAGAUUAGAAUUAAUGUAAAUAUCACUUUUUUCCUAAAACAUAUACUUACAUACAUAAAUAAGCACAUAUAACAUAUAUAUUAUAGUUAGAGCUACCCAUAUAUAUAUUCGUAAAUAAUAAAGUACAUACAUAAUUGCAACGGCUGAGUACGUGUGCAAGGUAUGGAGCGCUGAUGACUUUAGCAUCUACGGAUACAUUAAUACAAGCAGCACUUAAUUUUGGUAUUAAAGGGUCCAAAAUAGUCUUAGAGUCCGACAGAACCGAAGUUUGUGGUGACGCAGUUCUGGCGCAAUAUUUAAAACAAAAUGAAACUUUGAUGAUCAUAGAUAAUGAAGAAUCGUGCGAGAGAGCAGAAAGCAGUACUUCAGCAGCGGCAUUUCAAAGAGGCACUCUUGAGCAAACUA